AUGCAAGCAAUAUCUCCUCGCGUCCCCGACCCACCACCCUUCCCACGGCGGUGGUCAGCAAAACCGCAGACGAACCUAUCGACUCCGGGCUUCGACGCCGGUCUCGUGGCCACAGACUUCCACGGAGAUUGCCACAGCCCCGCCUCGCAAAGCAGCAAGACGGUCUACCCCGACGGCUACACAGUGCUCACGCUGUGUGCCGAGGCGACGCAGUUCAUCCUCUCGCCAGGAAGCAGGGGUGGCAAAUGCGAGGCGUGGAGCAUGCAGGCGCGUGAGCGCGAGAGACUCUGCCGCAACGCAUGCGCAUGCCCAUUCUGCAUCCGUGACACCGGCGGGCGGUGGACGACUGCGGAGGGCGGUGAGAUUCAGGACGUGACGUGGGAGGCGGGCAACGUGAGCGGCAGCAGCCCAAUCAGCGGCGAGCCCGUCCGAGUUUGGAGGGGUGUGCUCGUUGGUGACUCGCUCGGCAUCGAGUACUCUGUGAGCUUGAGCGGAGCGCCGCACUCGCUCCGCGUCGACAGCCCACUCUGGGUGUCGACCUCGACGUCGUUUGCGGGCUUUAGCACCUCGGCGCCAGCGGACGCCUUUGCCGUCCCCUCCAGCUGCCCUCCGCCGCAUGAGCCGCUCACAGCGAACGCGCCGCUCGACUCACCAACGCCGCCAGCGCCUACGCCAGACUUGCUCCGCCCGGCCCGCGUCGGCGCCCCUCCCUCCUUCCCCGCCGCCUUCGCCGCCCACCUCGUGGUCAACAUCUCUCACCCGGGGUACGACGGAGGGAACGUGCUGCUCGACUUUGCUGCAGACUGCUCCGCGGGGCCGCGGAGGCAGAUGAGCCGCACCACGUUUGGAAACUUCCACACGCAGCUUAUGCGCUGCGACGAGGGGCGCGUGUACAGCUUCGACCUGCAGGGCAGCAACUGCGCCGUCAGAGCCAUCCCGGCGGACGUCUCACCGCGCGUGUGCGAGGUAUGCACGCUGCCCUUUGGGCUGCGCGACACGGCCGGCCUAUACACGCUCGAUGGCUCGCUCUGGCGCGGCGUGCGCUGGACCGGCGCCUUCUUCGAGGGCGCAUCGGUGGUGCACAGUGGGGUCGCGACGACGCGCCGCCACGCGCUGAGCGUGCAGGCUGGGUGGGGCGCCACGGCGUUCGGCGCGCGGCUGCCACAAAGCAGCUUGGUCGAGGAGGCGGGCUGGGUGCGCACGCACGUCCGCCUCUCGCGCUUCUCGGCGGCGGUCAACGCGUCGGACUUUGAGCCGCCGCCCUGCUUCCGCGCGAGUAGGGGAGAGCCACUUGUUGAUGUUGUGCGACGGUGA